AUGUCUUCUUCAAAUCUCCUUCGGUCCCUCAAGCUCGGCAAGAUUGAGCUCGAGCAUCGCGUUGUUAUGGCUCCUACGACAAGACUGUUCACAGACGAGGAUGUCCAAGCGCCAUCAGCGAAAGAACACUACGCCCAAUGCGCUUCUGAAGGUGGCCUUGUGAUCGCCGAAGCUACUGUCGUGUCUCUAGAUCUUGGUGGAGGCAAGUGUACUCCAGGUGUCUGGACGGAAGCCCAGACUUCUCGGUGGGCAGAGAUUGCCGACGCCGUGCACGCCAAAGGAGCUCACAUCUUCCUCUCGUUGGACUCUCUUGAGCCGCUGGCAGAUGCGGCUCUUCUAAAGAACACAAGAGGUCGCCAGACCAGCGAAGCAAGCGAUGUAUCCUCCACCAAAAGAUGCGACUCACCGUCCGAGUCCGAUUUUCACGCCCUGAACGAAACAGAGGUUAAGUCGACAACCAGAGCCUUCGUUCAAGCAGCAAAGAACGCAGUGGCUGCUGGCUUUGAUGGUGUCGAGAUCGGCGCCAAUGGAUAUUUCAUCUACCAAUCCUUGCACAGACACGUAGACAAGUUCGGCAGCCACGUCGAGGGCCGUGUCAGAUUUGCUCUCGAAGUGACAGUCGCAAUUGCAGACGCCAUAGGUGCCGAUCGUGUUGGUUUCCGCAUGAACCCGUCUAGCGCCUUCCGCAUGUCCAGUCUCACGCCCGAGUUCAUGUCUCUCACCCAAAAGCUCAAGAAGUUGAAGCUGGCUUACAUCCACAUCAUUAAAUCGCAUGCAGUGACGAACAUCGAAUGCGACAAGUACGAAGGCAUCAAACCAUUCCUCGAGAUCUGGGCUCGGUCCUCACCCGUUCUCAUCGCUGGGGACUUUACGCCAGAAUCUGCCAGAAGCGCCCUUGACAUCGAAUACCCCAACAGUGACGUUGCCCUCGUCUUUGGCCAACAUUUCCUCGCA